AAAACAUAGUCGUACAACUGAAAGGAUGUUAGGAAAUAAUCACCUAGAUUCAUAAUUAAUUUGUGCUGUCCAUUUGAUAUUUUCAGCCAUGGUAUCUUUUCAAAAUCAGAUUUGAAAGAGGGUAAUGACCAACAUAAAAGCCCUUCUUACUCAGCUGGAUUGAUCAUCUCUAACAAGGAAAAAAACAACACUUAGGUUUUGUUUCUUCUUUGUUUCAUUUCGUUAUUGUUAGAAUGGCCGAACAUUUCUUUUCUUUGUGCUGCUGCUCUUGCUUCGGUUUACUCUCCUCUUCACAAGAAGACAUCUCUUCAUCCCUAUUACCUCAUGAGCAUUCCACCACUUCUUCGCCUUCACAACCUUCCGAACAAGAAGCCAUUGCUGGACCUUCCACUGCCAAUCUGACUGAUUUUAAGAAUUUUCUACAGAAAUUCAACGAUAUAAGCCAGAUUGACGGUCUAAUUCAGGUUUCAGAAGAGCUUUUGAAGAUCGCGUCGGGAGAGGAGAGUGAUGAAGGGUCUGAUUCAGCCAAAAGAUCUUAUAUCCAGGAUGGCCAAAAGAUCUUGGAGAUGCUAGAUUCACGCAUUGGCAAAUGUCCUGAAACGGAAAAUUCUAGGGACGACGCAAUUGCAGAGAUAGAAAAAGUUUUUAUAGAAGUGCUUGAUGGCGCUGAGAAAAUUCAUACCCUAGGAAUGGCACUUUCUAUGUUGGGAUCUGUAUUGGCAAGAUCUAGCCAGAUGUUUGACAACGAAAGUGAGUGCCUUGAAGUUUUGAGAAGGAUGCUUAAUCUGGGGAAACAAAUUCUGGGGUUGAAUGAGCAAAAUCCCGAGCAGAAGGAGAAACUAAAUGAGGGAGUUCAGUGCAUUGUUGUAGGAAGCAGCAUGUGCAUAUCCCAACUUGCAAGAGCCAAUGUUUUCAGGUUUCUUACUGCUACAGUGAAUGCCGAAAGUUUAAAGGAUUUUCAAGUCAAAAUAGACCACUUGUAUAGCGACAUCCAAUCCUUGAUUCAACUUGAAAUAGUGAAAAGAAUGUCAAAGAAUACUCCAGAAUCACAGAAACUCUACGCAUACCAACCAGCAGUUGGAAUUGAGAGUGCACGGGAAAGUGUAAUUAAGCUUCUUGAUUUGAAUGCACAAGAUGCAGUGUCAAUUGUUGUGGUUAUCUAUGGCUUUGGAGGGAUCGGGAAAACGACACUCGCUGAUGCUGCUUAUGCACGCAUCGACCUCCAAUCUUAUAAACAUUGCAGAAUUCAUAUGGAUCAAGAUUGUACCAAGAAUGAUCUUCAGGGCCUCCAACAGCAGAUUUUAAAAGAUUUGUUCUCAGAGAACUUGCAAUUGAAAAACUGUGAUGAAGGUCGAGGAAUUUUGCAAUCUUUUUUACAAGAAAGUCCUAAUCAGCCUUUAUUUCUAUACAUUGACAAUGCUCUCAAAAGUACAGAUCUCGAGCAACUUCUGCCUCAAGGCUUUGGUAGUUGCCUUCCGCCAAAGAGUAGAAUACUUGUCACUACUCGAAAUCUCCACCAGAUGGACAUAUUUGUCAGCAGGAACAUUCAAAGCCGUAAAUAUGUUGUGAGUCCUGUUCCAGAGACAGAGGCCAGAAAAAUUUUGUUGGAGAAAGUUUCAGAGUACAAUGAUGAAAACAAUAUACAGAAGCUCCUUACAAUGUGUGGUGGUGUUCCGCUUCUACUACAAUUAGCUGGUUCGCAGUUGGCUAUAAAUCCCGGAAAUACAAAGAGUAUGGUAUCGGAGAUGCUUCAAGAAGGAAAGGAGGUCAAAGAGAGAGAUUUAAGCGACCGUAUGGUUGGUUUUGUAUACGACAGAUUGUUAGAACCUGUUCAAGAGGCCUUUCUUGAUAUCACAUCCUACUUUUGUAAUUGGAGUAGUAAAUAUGUGGCAAGGAUAGUUGGAGAGGAGGAAUUCAGAGCUCUAGAAGCUGCAUCAUUCAUCAGGACAUCUAAAGGCGGUAGUGUGAUUGUUCAUGACAUAGUUCGAGCAAGAGGGAAAAGGCUGUCGGAGGAAAACAUUAUCAAAGAUCCUGAAACUUUAUUGGAAUGUUUGAAAGAUGAAGAGAAACUCAAAAAUUUAAAAGGUAUCUUUUUAAUUGAAGAUUAUAGCCAGCCUUCAAUUGAAAUUAAUCUUGAUCAUCUUAAUUAUAUGAGCAAUUCGUUAAGAAUGCUAUUUUAUCAAGGAUUAGAAAUAACAUUCAAGGAGAAAUGUCAUAAACCAUUUGAACAACUCAAAUACCUUGUGAUUCCUCAUUAUGUUCCUGAUUUACCAAUGGAGUUUGAGAAACUCGAGCAUCUUUUCUGGUAUAGCGGCCCAUUGACUGAAGGCAUGAAUUUGUAUGAGUUUCCUGCAAGCCUGCGCACUAUGGAUGUUCAUGGCUCUUCUGAGAACAGAGCUGCAUAUUCUAGAAUUCCUCCCAAAGUCACUCCAGCUUCUUUGCUUGUACAAUUGAGCUUAUAUGGAUUCAAAAAUAUGCAAAGUUUGCCAGAUGGAGUGGAAAAGCUAACAAAGUUAGAGCACUUAAGUUUAAAGGAUUGCCAUCAGUUGAAGGAACUUCCAUCUAAAUUGAUAGACCUAAGCAAUCUGAUAGGGUUGGAAAUAAGUGGUUAUAAUAAAUUGAAAGAGUUGCCUUCAGAUUUUGGCCAACUUGGCAAUUUAACAUGGUUGGUAUUAGAAGGUUGCUCUGCAUUAAUUGCAUUACCUGCUAGUUUUGGGCAUCUAAUUUCUUUAAAAUAUUUGUUUUUGAAAAAAUGUUCACAUCUGAAAAAGUUACCUUCAAACUUUGGCCAGCUCAACAAUUUGGAAGUGCUAGAUUUGAGCUACUGUUCUGGGUUAGAAGAGCUGCCUUCAGAAGUUGGGCAACUUACAAAUUUAAAAAGGUUAGAUUUGAGGCGCUGUUCUAAGUUAGAAGAAUGGCCAUUAAGCUUCAAAGAUCUCAGAGAGAUGGAGAAGAUAUUUUUGAUAGGCUGUUCUCUGAAAUUUAAAGAAUCAAUGCCUCUUAAUAUUAAAGGAAAUAAUUGUAUUGUGUAUGAUGAAGAAGACACAGAAGUAUCAGAAGAAUCUGAUUAAAUAAUUUGUCGAACCACUCACCCUUCAAUUGUUUCACGGACUUCCACCCCUCAAUUUUAUUUUGAGAGGGCUUUCUAUUAUUUGUAAAAUUUGUAAUAUAAGAUUUGUGAUUUUCAGAUGA